CUCACGGCGCCAUAUUAAAAUGCUCCCUCCUCUUUGCCUGUGAGCUCUUACGUUAGCUUAGCAGCAGCAGCUAGCCGCCAGUCUGCUUUUUACAUCCACAAGACUGACAGAGGGCAACGGCGUGAUGGAAAUUGACUCGCUUCAAGAGGCGCUCAGAGAUUUUGAUAAGAAAGCAAAGAAGGAGGCAUGUCCUCUUCUGGAGCAGUUUCUAUGUCAUAUUGCCAAGACUGGAGAGACCAUGGUUCAAUGGUCUCAAUUUAAGAACUACUUCCUGUUUAAAUUGGAGAAGGUGAUGGAUGACUUUAGAGCCUCUGCACCUGAACAAAGAGGUCCUGCAAAUCCCAAUGUGGAGUCAAUUCCAUUUGAAGAUAUGAAGGAGAGAAUCCUGAAGAUUGUGAAUGGAUACAAUGGAAUUCCAUUUACAAUCCAGCGCUUAUGCGAGCUGCUCACAGAACCCAAAAGGAACUACACAGGAACAGAUAAGUUUCUUCGGGGGGUGGAGAAGAAUGUGAUGGUGGUGAGCUGUGUUCACCCAACCUCAGAGAAAAACGGAUGCAGUGCUGUCAAUAGAAUGAAUGGAGUGAUGCUUCCUGGGAACACAUCUGCUUUUACAGAGAGGAAAGUGAACGGUCCCGGAACUCCCCGACCACUGAACCGACCGAAGGUGUCUCUGGCCAACUCACUAGCAGCUAAUGGCCUGCCAGACAGCACAGACAACAAAGACCUCAACACAGAGCAAGAAGACGACAAAGACUCCAGUGAGGUUUCAGCGUCGGGGGGUUCCUUCGGGAGCUCAGUGAAGAACAAACACCCAGACGCAGAAGAGGACAUGGAGGCCGAGCAGCAGGAGGUGAAGAGACUUAAGUUCAGCAAGGACGAGGAGGAAGAGGAAGAUGAGGAGGACGAAGAGGAAGAGCAGGAGGUGGACACACUGAGGCCUUUACAUGCCACCUGCCUCUCAAAAGAGGCAGAAGCCAUGGUCCAGGAGGAAGAGGAAGAGGAGAAGAUCGGGUACAGCAAGGAGAAUGAAGCCUCCAGCAGUGCAGCAGUCACUGAAGACCAAGAACCAACCAGUAGCACCCAGGCCGAGAUGUGUGCAGGCUCAGGCCAGGAUGCCGAGCAGGCUGAGAGGGAAGUGCCAUGCGGAUCCCAAGAGGAGGGUAGCGACAUGGAUCAGACGGAGCAGCAGGCACCCGCAGGCGUCCUGGAGAGCCCCGAGACCAGCAGGGACAGCGAGGAGAGCAACAGUGACCCAGUCAGCAGCAGCAGCAGCAGCAGCAGCAGCAGCAGCAGUAGCAGCAGUGGUAGCAGCUGUAGCAUAGAGGAGAGUGCAGAAGCAGGCAGAGAAGAUGUGGCUCUCGCUCCCUCCAGCAGUACGACUGAACCUCCUACAGAGGGCGCCAUGGAAAGUGCCACCUUGAACACUGGGACCACUGAUGAGCCCAUGGAGCAGGACUAAACUGAAAGGCCCCCUUGCAGCCAUGUGUGACCAUAAACCAGCUUGUCCUUGAAUCCAGCGUGACUGUCACUGGGAAUGAGGAUAACUGCACCUCGUACACAAGACGAACGCCUCGUCCCGCUUUUGGACACUCCUCCAAAAUGGCUACCUGGCAUUGAUGUGGGCAUACAAAUACAUUUUCAUUUGAAUUUAUUAUUUUUUUUAACUGGAAUAUUUUAUUGAUCUUCUUAUCCUCUGUUUUUAAGUUUCCCGUAAAAGGGGUUAGUUUCAGCUGCCUUGAGUUUCUUGGCUGGAUUAUAUCUUCUUUUUUUUUGUGUGUUCAGAUGCUGGGGUGGUCUGGUUCUUUUCUUAUGCCACUUCAACAUUUGGACCUUGUGACAGGAUUGGUAGUCUACGUUUUGUACCCUUUAAGCCCAGUGUACCACACUAUCAGGGUCAGAACAGAGCCAUACCAGCCCCUCAUUUAUGAAAUGCUAUGAGCUCCUGACAGCAGCUCAUUUAAAAAUAUUCUUUAGUGGAGCACUGACCUGAACACCCCGCCACCACUUUGCUGUUACUCCACCAAGUACCACCAGGCUGUUGAGAACAUGCAUUGUUUUUAAAGUUAUUUCUCCAUCCUUGUGAGAUGGGAGACUUUUUUCCAUCGUGUCCUUAUAUUCUUUUAACCAUAUUUUUUUUUUUUCGCAAUGAUACACUACCAAUCCCACUGAACAAUACUAUGACAUGCUACCUUGUAAAAGCAUAUUCUGUAAAAUGAUAUAUUUUGGAUGCAUAAAACCACCAUAAUUUAUAUGAUCAUUUCAAUUCAAUGAGUUAUUUUGGAGUAUGUUUUUGUUUCGUCUGCCAGUUGUAGUUUCCAAAACCAGCUGUAAGUACAAAGACGACUUCCGCUUUCUUUGUAUCGUGAUGUCACCAUGUUGUCUCACCGACCGAUAUCCAGAGCAGUUUCUGGUUCCAGUUCUACACCUGUUUCUGCAGCUGUACUUUUUGAUAUUUAGAAUUUUAAAUUUCUGUAAAGUAGAUUUUUGUAGAUUGUAAUACAGUAUGUGUUCACUGCCUUUGUGAAACCAUAUAUUAUUGUAUAAUUUCUGUGUAUACUCUGAAUGCUUUUGCUUUCAGUGCGGUAUUCAGAAACAGCAAUAAAUGUUAACAUUUUUA